AUGAGAUCAACCUAUAAGAUAGUAUUUCUAGGAAGCUCCAACGUUGGAAAGACCACAUUAAUGUCCCAAUAUUUGCACCAGGAAGUACAAAGGUCAUAUGGCCCUACGAUAGGACUGGACUUUGUUAGUACAACGAUUGUGGUUAGUGGACAUAGGGUUCGUCUCCAACUAUGGGACACGGCAGGACAAGAAAGGUUCAACUCGAUUAUACCAAACUAUACAAGAAACUCCUUCCUGGCCAUUAUCGUCUUUGAUAUGAAGGAUAAGGCCUCUUUUGAGAGGAUAGAUCACUGGAUUAAUACACUUACAAAGGCAAAUGACAAUCCCGGAAGUAAGGUCAGGAUUCUAAUAGUGGGGAAUAAGAAGGACCUUGCAGAUGAGGAGACACAAGAAUGGUAUAAGGAGGUGGGAAGUAAAAAGGCGAAGAAGCAUGGAGGGGAGUAUGUUGAGACAUGUGCUAUGAAGCAUGAGGGAAUAGAGGAUCUUGUUAAGGCUGUUGACAGGCUUAUUGAAGAAGAUUUGGAGGAUCCUGCUGAGGAUGAGAGUACAGUUAGGCUGGAGUCCAUAAAGUAUGUAAAGGGAAGAAGGUGUUGCUAG